CGCGGGGGCGGGGCUUGGCGGAGGAAACUGAGGCAGGAGGGAGGUGUCCCCGCUGGACAGCCGGUCACCCGCGGCGCCGUCUCAGGCGUCCGGGCUCCCAAGUUUAACUUUCUGCGGGAGGACGGGCCUGGGAGUCCGCGUUUCUGCCUACCUGGGAAGGACGGGCUUGAAUCCAGAACUCCGGGAUCUGAAGGAGGAGGGCACUGGGGGGCCGGACCCCUGGGUCUGGGGAAGAAGGAUUUAGGGGCCUGGACUCCUGCAUCUGAGGAAGGGAGCUGGGGGCCUGGGCUCCUGAAGGAAGAGGCGGCCGGGGCCCCUGGGGCUCUUGGGUCGGAGGGAGGAGGGGGCGAGAGCCUGGACGCCUAAGGGUGGAGGCAGCUGGGGCCCUGGACUCCCGAUCUUAGCCGGGAAUCGGGUCUGCCGAUCUAAGAACGGAGGCAGCCGGGAACCCGGACUCCCGGUUCUGCUUGGGUCAGUGAGUGGCCCUCUUCACACUUCCGCCUUCCCCGGUUCCCCAUCUCCCAGCCGGGGCAGGCAGCCACUCCAGGUGGUUGCCCCCUCCGUGUCUCCUGAGAUGUCAGGAAGGAGGGGGCCACCUGUGUCCCCCACAGGGGCCCCCCGGAGCCCGGGGGCCCCCAGCCCUGGAGCUCGGAGGCGGAGGAGGUGCUGACAGGUGCUCAGCGAGAUGCUCCCCUACCCCUCAGGCUCCCUCCCCAUCCUCCUACUUUUCCUCCUCCCCAGUGUCCCCAUGGAGCCCUACUCCCCGCCCUCACCACUGCCCCCAUUUCCAGCCGCAGAAUGGGACCUCUUGUCGCCCCGAGUAGCCCUGUCCAGGGGUACCCCUGCGGGGCCUCCCCUGCUCUUCCUGCUGGAGGCUGGGGCCUUUGGGGAGCCAGCCGGCAGCCCAGCCAACCGCAGUCGGCGGGGGGUGAGCGAGACAGCACCAGCAAGUCGCCGGGGAGAGCUGGCCGUGUGUGAUGCAGUCAGCGGCUGGGUGACAGACCGCCGGACUGCCGUGGACCUGCGUGGGCGUGAGGUGGAGGUGCUGGGUGAGGUGCCUGCGGCUGGUGGCAGUCCCCUUCGCCAGUACUUCUUUGAAACCCGCUGCAAGGCUGACAGCGCUGGGGAGGACGGCCCCGGUGGGGGUGGAGGGGGCUGCCGGGGCGUGGACCGGAGGCACUGGGUGUCUGAAUGUAAGGCCAAGCAGUCCUACGUGCGGGCAUUGACUGCUGAUGCCCAGGGCCGUGUGGGCUGGCGAUGGAUUCGAAUCGACACCGCCUGCGUCUGCACCCUCCUCAGCCGGACUGGCCGGGCCUGAGGCCUAUGCCCAGGCACUGGGCAGGCAGAAGAAGAAGAGAGCUGGAUGCUGAGAGACCUCAGGGGUGGCCUGGCUGCUCUGGGCCUCCGUUUGGGAAAUUGGCAAAUGGUCACAAAAAUCACAGCUCUCCGAUUUUGAGAGCUUACUCUGGGCAAGAUAGAUUGUGAAACCCACUGGGGUUUUGAAGGAUGAAUAGGAGUUCUCCUGGAUGAACUUGAGGAUGAGGAUGAGGAUGAUAGCCAAUAUUUUCUGAGCGCCUACUGUUUAUCAGCUCUAAUACACAACUUGUCAGAUCAA